CAUCCUCAGAACUUGAGACAGACAGUUCUGCCUACAGAUAGAAUUACUGCAAUGCUACCUGUGAGUCUGACAAGGAAAGCAUAUCCAUUUCUCUCACAGCUUCCAGUUACCAUUACAACAUGUCGUUCUAUGGCAGAAGCUAGAAAAAGGUUUUACAGAAAUGUAGGCAUUGCUGGGACAGGUGAUAUGUACGAGAUAAACCUUGAUCAUAGAAAAUUAAAAACCCCGCUUGGAAAAGUCUUACAGGUACCUCACUAUGGUCUAGCUCUAGCAGUAGCUCAUGAAUGGAAUGCAGUUAAUGAAAAAAUUCAGCCAAGCUUUAUGCAUUUGACUGGCCUGAGUUUCACUGUUGCUGACAACCCUCUUCAUUCAACAAAGUGGGAUGUUGUCAGCAAGAUGCUGGAUUACAUGGACACUGAUACCAUUUUGUAUAGAGAAGGUGCAGAUGACCUUAUAGAGCUUUUGGAGAGAGAAUGGGAUCCUCUGUUGGAAUGGUUUAAUAAAAAAUUUAAUGUGAACCUUAAACCCUGUGAUGGAAUCUGUUGUGCUGAUAUUUCUGCAGAUAUUAGAGAAGCAGUACGGCGUUAUCUUUUGUCAUAUGAUAUAUGGGCAGUUCAUGGUUUCUUGUAUGGGGUAGAAGCCUUAAAAUCAGUUGUGUUAACAAUAGCUGCGGCAGAAAGAAAAAUUUCAGCAGAAAAAGCAGUUUCCCUCUCUAGGAUAGAAACAGAGUACCAGACUUCAAGAUGGGGAUCUGUUGAGUGGGCACAUGAUUUGGAUAAAUAUGAUUUGCAGUCGAGGUUUUCUGCUGCCAUGCUUUUCAUUCAGUUUAAUACAUGGAAAGCGACCGUGAAGCAGAAAAGCAAAGAAUAGACACUACUGUGAAAACUAAGCUAAUGAAGGAGCUUUUGCAGUUUUCUAUGAAAAUAUAUGUACUAUAUGUAAUGUAACUGCCAGCAGUAAAUUUUAAAUUUUA